GCGCAUGCGCGCCGCGUGCCCGCCCCUCGCCAGCAGCAGAGGAGGAGGUGGCGGUGGCGGCUCUGGGCGAGGGAGCGCGAGGGGAGUGAGAGGCGCCGUUGCUGCCCCGGUAUCCGGCAGGACCGCGCGGAGGAGGCGGGAGCGCCCCGGCGGCGGAGGGACCUGAGUGGCGACGGCAGCAGCAGCAGCACCAGCAGGAGGAGUCAGUGCCCGGCCCCCCCCCCCGCGCAGCCCCGUUGCAGCCCCCCCCCUCCCUCCCGCCCUCCGCGCUCCGCAGCCACCAACAUGUCGGCGCCGGCGGCCAAAGUCAGUAAGAAGGAGCUGAACUCCAACCACGAUGGGGCCGACGAGACCUCAGAAAAAGAGCAACAGGAAGCAAUUGAACACAUUGAUGAAGUACAGAAUGAAAUAGACAGACUGAAUGAACAAGCCAGUGAGGAAAUUUUGAAAGUAGAACAGAAAUACAACAAACUCCGCCAACCAUUCUUCCAGAAGAGGUCAGAAUUGAUCGCCAAAAUCCCGAAUUUCUGGGUAACAACAUUUGUCAACCACCCACAAGUAUCUGCACUGCUGGGAGAAGAAGAUGAGGAAGCACUGCAUUACUUGACCAGAGUUGAGGUGACAGAAUUUGAAGACAUCAAAUCAGGUUACAGAAUAGAUUUUUAUUUUGAUGAGAAUCCCUACUUUGAAAAUAAAGUUCUCUCCAAAGAGUUUCACCUCAAUGAAAGUGGAGACCCAUCUUCAAAAUCGACUGAGAUCAAAUGGAAAUCUGGAAAGGACCUGACAAAACGUUCAAGCCAGACACAGAACAAAGCCAGUAGGAAGAGGCAGCAUGAAGAGCCAGAAAGCUUCUUCACCUGGUUCACUGACCACUCUGAUGCAGGGGCUGAUGAGCUAGGAGAAGUCAUCAAGGAUGACAUCUGGCCAAACCCUCUACAGUACUACUUGGUUCCUGAUAUGGAUGAUGAAGAAGGGGAGGGAGAGGAGGAUGACGAUGAUGAUGAAGAGGAGGAAGGAUUAGAGGAUAUUGAUGAAGAAGGAGAUGAAGAUGAGGGAGAGGAGGAUGAAGAUGAUGAUGAGGGAGAGGAAGGAGAGGAGGAUGAAGGAGAAGAUGACUAAUUGAACACUGAUGGAUUCCAAACCCCCUUUUUACCUUUUUAAUUUUUCUCCAGUCCCUGGGAGCAAGUUGCUGUCUUUUUUUUCUCGUGCUCAGUCGCCUUGUUCUCUUGAGGUCUCUUUUUCUCUCCUCUACACCAUGGUUCACGAUUUCUUUUGGGGAAAUAUCUUGAGCAGAAUACAGUGGAAAAGAAUCUACCAGUUUCUGUUUCAAGUUCAUUUUUAUCCCUUUCUGUCUCAAAACAAAAACUUUAUGAAUUCAACACACCAUGUUCUGUGGGAAAAAAGAAAACCUUCUGCUCCCUUCACUCUGCUGGAAGCUGAAGAGUGCUAGGCCCCUGUGUAGUAGUGCAUAGAAUCUAGCUUUUUUCCUUCUUUCUCUGUAUAUUGGGCUCAGAGAUUACACUGUGUCUCUAUGUGAAUAUGGACAGUUAGCAUUUACCAACAUGUAUCUGUCUACUUUCUCUUGUUUAAAAAAAAAGAAAAAACGACAAAAAAAUAAAAAUAAAAAUGGGGUUAUAGAAGGUCAGCCGGGGUGGGUUUCAGAAGUUUGGGUGGGUUAAGUGGGCAUUUUGACAACAUGGCUUCUUCUCCUUUGGCAUGUUUAAUUGUGAUGUUUAACAAACAUCCUUGCAGUUUAAGAUGACACUUUUAAAAUAAAAUCUUCUCCUAAUGAUGACUUUGAGCCCUGCCACUUGAUGGAGAAUCAGCAGAACCUGUAGGAUCUUAUUUGGAAUUGACAUUCUCUAUUGUAAUUUUGUUCUUGUUUAUUUUUAAUUUUUUUUUGUUUUGGUUUUUUUUUUGGUGGUUUUUUUCCUUUUUUUCUUUUUGGUUUUUUUUUUUUUUUGUUUUCACUGGAAAGGAAAGAAAGAUGCUCAGUUUUAAACGUUAAAGUGUACAAGUUGCUUUGUUACAAUAAAACUAAAUGUGUACACAAAGGGACUGGUUGGUCUUCACUGAAAGAAACAGCUUUUAUAUCCUAUUUAGAACUUGCUGUAGUUUCUUGGCAUUUUUGGGGGCAUUUGUCAGUAUUUCUGUAGUGCAGUGCAGCCUUGUGGUUGUGUGGACUGAACCAGUUCAUGUAGUUCCCUCUAUUUCAGUACCUGUAAAGUGUUUCCUGUGGCAGUUCCUACUGCACACUGACUCUUGAGUUCCUGUAGGGUCAUGUGCUGUGUGUGAAGACACAGGUAUUUGUUCAUGUUUUGCAAAAAGGAAAGUCACUCGAUUUGUAGAAUUUGUAGUAAUUUGCAGUACUGUAUCUCCAGUACAUCAGUUUGCAUGAAAAUACCAUGCAAGCUCAGAAUAAAAAGACCAAGGGGUGGUUUUAAAAAUAUUUGGGUGGUUUUGUAAGUCUUUUCAGUUGAAAACAAAUCUUAAUUGCAAGCUAAUUUGGGGGCUAUUUCAAAGAGCAAGAUUCUUAGUAAAGUUCAUGUAUAAAAAGUUGCUACUUCACUGCUUUUUUUUCCUUGGUAGCAGCAUGUAUAUGUGCUUUAGAUACACUGUACUCUCAUUUUAAGAGACUGCAUUUGAGAAACUUGUAAGAAUUUCACAUAAGAGGGUGUUGGAACUGGUAUUCCACAAAAUGUAAUGGAAUUUGUUUUAACAUGCUUUGCUUUUGAAAUAUUUAAGAAAAAAUGUUCUAUCAGCUCAUCUGAAAUUCAAACAGCUCUUUGGAUGUGUAGAAAAGACUGUCUUCUGGGAAGACUUGUUAUAUUCUCUGAUUCCUUUUCCUCACAGAAUUUGCUGUAGUCAAAUUCAGCUUUUUUUGAUGCUUAAGAAUACACUUGGCAGAACAAGAUCAAUGUCUGGUUGAGACGUGCACAAAUAACGUGUGAGGGAAAACAUUCUGUAAGUGUGUGGUCCAGCUUGGAUUCAAUCCAGUUAUCAGAGACAAUGCAACGUCCAGUCUCAUGUGAUCAAUGCAAAAAUAAGACAACCAUGUACUUUAUUCCAUCUCAACAAAAGCUUCUGCCCUCAUCCUGCUUUGCAGAGCCAAGUACAACGUUGAUCAGUAAUGGUUUCUUACCAUCUAGAGAGAGAAGGAACAAAACCCAUGAAGUCCUAUAAAUUUUAGUGGUUUUUAAUUUGAUUCCUUUUUGUUGUAAGUUUGAAAUUAGCUUCCUGUUGUGGUAGAGGGUCGAUGUGCUGUUUCUUGCCAUGAUGCCUCAUUACUUAAUUUUUAUGUAGUCCUAAUUGUAGUUCCUCAAGGAAAAUUAUCUUUUGCUAGUCUUGAAUGCUUUAGGAAAAAUAUUGUGCCAUUGUUGUUCCAUCCCUGUUGGUUACUAGCAGAAAACUUACAAAAACUGUUUUGAAAGUAAUCAAAGCUUCAGGCUCUGUAAAGUCAAAUAGCAGGAACAAGAAAUGAGAAGUCUGGAUAAUUAAAUGCUACUUAAGAGAUUUUUUCUUGCGCAUUCUUUAGGAUUUUACAGGGUGCCAAAAUACUCUUGCUACUGUACUGAUAAUACUGAAUUUGCUGUGAAACUUGAGGGUUUACUCCUGGCAACGGCUAAAGAGUAAACUGGUAAAAGAAUAAACCAUAUUAGUUAAGUGUUAUUUUAAUUUUUUUUUUUCCUAGCAUGGAAAUGAUUAGGGAUUAACACAUUUUUCUGCAAUGCUCAAGAAAUACUACAGCUGGCCAUCGUGUGCUCUGACUGUUCACUUAAUGUCUAAUUUGGCUGAAUAUAUGUAAUGGGUGUCCAUUUUUUACUGGAUUUAUUUUAUAUGUGUAUAAAGAGCUUUUUAAAAGACAUCUACAUUGGAUAAUAAUGGGAGAUUCGUUCUUAUCAAAUAUCAUUAAUUCCCUGCUGCUUGAGUUCCUCACAUACAGUUAAUCCCACCAUGUGAAAUUUGUCACAGGUGGUAAAUGACUUCAGGUUUUUUGGCUUGAAUUUCCAGGGCUAGAAUAUAAGGGUUGGCAGCAAUUUAAUGAAGCUGCUGUGCUGGGGCUAUAUGGCCUAACUAUCUCAAAGGUUAUUUUUAAAUUUAAUUGCUAUAAAAUGGAAUCUUUUGUCUGUAAUUUCUCGUGCCAAAGGAAACAAAUACAGCUGAGUGUGUAAAUACAGCCAGGAAGGUUUGGGGUUUUUAAAGAGAUUAUCUGUGUACUUAUUCAUACUUGUCAACAUAGUUUCUGUCCCUGUAAACAAGCAUUAUCUGAAUCGAUUUCUCAGUCAUUUAUGAUAUUCAUUUGAAUCUGUAAGCUCUUUGUACCACACUAAACCAGGUGCAUAAGGAUAGUUCUUUGUUUAUUGGAUACUGUUCCUGAAUUUUGAAGCCAUGUUGUUUUUUGUUUUGGUUUGUUUUUUGUUUUUUUAAAGAGAAUGAAAUCAAUGAAAUAAUUUCUCUGCUGUACCUUCAAGCUAUCCUUCUGUUUGAAGGAAUUAAAAUACAUUUAACUGUUACUUGA